CUCAUUUUCCGAGAGAGCGGAGAAGCGAGUGAUUGAAAAUGCCGGAGCCAGCGAAGUCAGCGCCUGCGGCCAAGAAGGGGUCGAAGAAGGCGAUCACUAAGACCCAGAAGAAGGGGGACAAGAAGCGCAGAAAGAGCCGCAAGGAGAGCUACUCCAUCUACGUUUACAAGGUGCUGAAGCAGGUGCACCCCGACACCGGCAUCUCCUCCAAGGCCAUGAGCAUCAUGAACUCCUUCGUGAACGACAUCUUCGAGCGCAUCGCCGGGGAGGCCUCCCGCCUGGCGCACUACAACAAGCGCUCCACCAUCACCUCUCGCGAGAUCCAGACGGCCGUCCGCCUCCUGCUUCCCGGGGAGCUGGCCAAGCACGCCGUCUCCGAGGGCACCAAGGCCGUCACCAAGUACACCAGCUCCAAGUAGGACUACAACUCCCAGCAGCCUCCCUUGGCUGGCGUUUGAUCCUACCAGACCCAAAGGCUCUUUUAAGAGCCGCCCACUUUCUCAAUAAAAGAGCUGUACACUUGUUCCUUUGAAUGGAAGAAACAUUUUGGGA